CGCCUCCUCCUCUUCAGCGCGACCUCACAUCUGGCCGUCUGCUGCUCCCACGGUAUGCUGACACCAACACCGGGGCAAACCGAGUGGAUUUUAACUACGGGGAUACGAUGUCCGAGGUGCGAAAAUUCACCAAGAGAUUAAGCAAACCUGGGACGGCUGCGGAAGUCAGACAGAGCGUGUCGGAGGCGGUGAGGAGCUCAGUGGACCUGGUGGAGCAGCCAAAGAUCAUCGAGCCGUUGGACUAUGAGAUGGUGGUGUUUCAGAGAAAGGCCCAGAUCCACAGUGACCCCCACAGAGAUCUGCUGCUCUGCCCCGUGGACGAUGUCUCGGAGUGUCAGCUCUCCAGGCAGAGGAGGACGGUUGUUCCCUCGGUCCCCCAGAAUGCCGAGCGGGAGGCCAGGAGUCUGUUUGCCAAAGAGUGCAUCAAGAUGUACAACACUGACUGGCACGUCAUCAACUACAAGUACGAGGCUUACUCUGGCGACUUCCGCAUGCUGCCAAGCAAAGGCCUGAAGACGGACAAGCUGCCAGCUCAGGUCUUUGAGAUCGAUGAAGACACCAAAGACGAGGACUCAUCGUCACUGUGCUCCCAAAGGGGAGGCAUCAUGAAGCAGGGCUGGUUACAGAAAGCCAACAUUAACAGCAGCCUGUCUGUCUCCAUGAGGGUGUUCAAAAGGAGGUACUUCUACUUGUCCCAGCUCCCUGAUGGCUCCUACAUCCUAAACUCCUAUAAGGAUGAGAAGAACUGCAAGGAGACCAAAGGGUCCAUCUACCUGGACUCCUGCAUAGACGUCAUUCAGAGCCCUAAGAUGCGGCGUAAUGGCUUUGAGCUGAAGAUGCAAGACCGCUAUAGUCACUUCCUGGCUGCAGACAGCGAAGCAGAGAUGGAGGAGUGGGUCAGCACACUGAAACAGGCACUGCAGAGCAGCGCUGAGGCCGGGCAGGACCGGAGGAAUGGCACCGACUCCCUGGACUGUGUCCUGGAUGAAGACGCUACCAGCCAAGGUAAAGGUGAGAGCCUGAUGGAGAGCUUGGGGAGGAGCUUACACCCCGAACUCAUGAAGUAUGCUCGGGAGACGGAUCAGCUCAAUAAAAUCAACAGGAAUGAAGGCAGACCAAAGCUUUUCUCUCUGGAUCCAGAGACACAGAGGCUGGACUUCUCCGGCAUUGAGCCAGACGUGAAACCGUUCGAGGAGCGUUUUGGUCGUCGCAUUGUGGUCAGCUGCCAUGAUCUGACCUUUAGCCUCCAGGGUUGUGUGAGCGAGAAGGGAGACAGCGUCCUCACCAAUGUCGAGCCAUUCUUCAUCAGUCUGGCUCUUUUCGACAUCUCCAAGAGCUGUAAGAUUUCUGCCGACUUCCACGUGGACCUCAACCCGCCGUGUGUGAGGGAGAUGCUGACCGACACAUCGGUCCAGCUGUCUCCUUCGUCAGACUCUGAAGGAGGAGGUGGAGGGGGAGCGAGAGGAGGUGGCGUCAUGGUGAACGGUGACUCUGGGAAAGGAAACGGCCUGCCUGUUCUACAGAGGGUGUCUGAGGCUCUGCUGCGCUUCCCCACACAGGGUAUAUUCUCAGUAACACACCCUCAUGCUGAUAUCUUCCUGGUGGCCCGUGUGGAGAAGGUGUUGCAGAAUGGCAUCACCCACUGUGCCGAGCCGUACAUCAAGACCUCUGACAUCAGCAAGACUGCUCAAAAAGUACUCAAAGCUGCCAAGCAGACAUGCCAACGCUUGGGUCAGUACAAGAUGCCAUUUGCCUGGGCAGCCAAGCAGGUUUUCAAAGAUGCUCAGGGCAGCCUGGACAUGGACGGAAAGUUUUCUCCUCUCUACCGCCAGGACAGCGGCAAAAUCUCCACUGAUGACAUCAUCAAGCUGCUGGCUGACAUCAGGAAGCCUGAGAAGAGCAAGCUCCAGAUCAUCCCCGGACAGUUAAAUGUUACCAUCGAGUGCGUCCCGCCCGACUUCUCAAACACGGUGACAUCUGCCUAUGUCCCAGUCAAACCUUUUGAAGAGGACUGCGACAGGGUGGCCGUGGAGAUUGAGGAGUUCCUCCCCGAGGAGGCCAAGUACAACUACCCCUUCACCACCUACAAGAACCAGCUGUACAUCUACCCCCUUCAGCUGAAAUACGACAACCAGAAGGCGUUCACCAAGGCUCGAAACAUUGCAGUUUGCAUCCAGUUCCGAGACUCGGAUGAAGAAGGUGCAGCUCCUUUGAAGUGUAUUUAUGGUAAACCGGGAGACUCGCUCUUCGUGAGCAGUACCUACGCGGCGGUUCUGCACCACAAUCAGAGUCCGGAGUUCUACGACGAGAUAAAGAUUGAGCUUCCUGUCCAUGUGCACGAGAAACACCACAUCCUCUUCAACUUUUACCACAUCAGCUGUGAGUCCAGCAGCAAAGCCAGCAGCAAGAAGAGAGAGGGCGUGGAGUCGCUGGUGGGUUACUCCUGGUUGCCCUUACUAAAAGAUGGUAGGAUGCAGUCUGUAGAGCUCCAGCUUCCCGUAGCCGCCACACUGCCUCCUGGAUAUCUGUGUCAGGACACCAGGAAGUCACACCCAGAUAUCAAGUGGGUGGAAAAUGCCAAACCCUUGUUUAAAGUGAGAACCCACGUAGCCUCAACAAUAUACGCUCAGGAUCUGCAUCUCCACAAGUUCUUUCAGCACUGCCAGCUGAUGAGGACAACUUCAGAGGGGAGUCCAGCAGAACUUAUCAAAUACCUGAAGUGCCUUCACGCCAUGGAGACGCAUAUGAUCAUCAACUUCCUGCCGACUGUGCUCAUGCAGCUCUUUGAAGUGCUCUCAACAGCAACCAAAGAAGCCCAUGAGAUUGCCGUCAACUCUCUGCGUGUGAUCAUACACAUAGUCUCGAGAUGCCACGAGGAAGGACUGGAUCACUAUCUGCGCUCGUUUGUUAAGUAUGUGUUUGUGACAUGCAAACCAGCUUCAGGAAACUCUGCCACCACACACGAAGUGUUGGCGACUGCCGUCACCGCCGUCCUCAAGCAGACCGCCGAUUUCAACACCAGCAACAAACUUCUCAAGUACUCCUGGUUCUUUUUUGAAACGAUGACCAAAUCCAUGGCCCAGUAUCUGCAAGAGGGCAACAGGAUGAAGAUGCCGCGAGCGCAGCGGUUUCCCGACAGCUUCCAUCAGGCGCUGCAGUCCCUGGUGUUGUCCAUCAUGCCCCACAUCACCAUUCGACACAUGGAAAUUCCAGAGGAAGCUCGCAGCGUAAACCUCAGCUUGGCCGCUCUCAUUAAGAGGUGUUUGACCUUCAUGAACCGAGGUUUUGCCUUCAGCCUGAUGAAUCACUACAUGUGUCAUUUCAGUCUUAAAGAUCCCAAGGUGCUGACUGAAAUGAAAUUUGAUUUCCUGAUGUCUGUUUGCAACCACGAGCACUUCAUUCCUCUCAACCUGCCCAUGGCGUUCGGGCGCACCAAGCUGCAGAGGGUUCAAGAUUUUAUUCCAUAUGCAACGGAGUUUUUUGGCCCUGUCGAGCAGAGCCUGGAGUUCAGCCUGACUGAGGACUACUGUCGCAACCAUUUCCUGGUGGGUCUGCUGCUGAGGGAAUUGGUCGAGGCCUUGCAGCAAGGACCCGAAGUCCGACAACUAGCUGUGAGCGUGCUCAAAAACCUGCUAAUUAAACAUGCUAUGGAUGACCGCUACACAGUGUACAAGAAUCAGCAGGCCAGAAUCUGUUUGCUGUACCUGCCUCUUUUGGAGCUCCUCUACCAGAACCUGAAGCAGCUGUCAGCCGAGCCGAACACCUCCAGUCCCGGACGGGGCCUCACUGGCUCCAGAGACGACCUCAUAUCAACCAGUUCCACAGAUAGCAGACGAAUCAGCACCGCCAUUGAUAAAGACCACGGGUUUCCAGUUCAGAAUGGCCAUGCUGUGCGAAGAGAGGACUCCAGAGGCUCUCUGUUUAUGGACCCAGGAACACCAGACAGCACAGAGUUGCAGCGACGCGGCUCCACCAUGAGCAGCAGCCCCGUGCCUCCUGUCAGCAGACUGGGACACUAUGAGAUCAAGGGACUCCUGCUGUCCUUCCUCCAUAUUGUCAAAACCUUAUCAGAGGACACUCUUCUGGCUUACUGGAACAAAGUCAGUCCUCAAGACAUCAUGAACUUCCUCACUUUGCUGGAGAUAUGCCUAGUUCAGUUUCGUUACGUCGGAAAGAGGAACAUUGGCCGGAAUCAGGAGGUGUGCAUGCCGAAGCUGUUCUCCUCAGACAGGAAGUCUCAGACGAUGCCCGCCAUGCGCUGCAACCGAGCCAGCCUUGUGCAAACAAAGAUCCAUCAGUUCAGCACCAUGGAAGCAUCACUUACUCUCAACAUGGGAACUGGACCGUCAGAAGCGGAGAUUCAUCAUCAGGCUCUGCUGGAAGGCAGCAUUUCCACUGAGGUGUGCCUGAGUGUCCUGGAUGUCCUUUCUCUUUUCACACAGUGCUUAAAAACGCAGCUGCUGGACAGCGACGGUCAUAAUGCCCUCAUGAAGAAGGUGUUCGAUAUUUACCUGACCUUCCUGAAAGUCGGCCAAUCAGAAGCUGCCCUCAGACACAUAUUCGCUGCCCUCAGAGCAUUCAUUAACAAAUUCCCGUCGGUGCUGUUUAAAGGCCGUGUGACGGUGUGCGAGGCUCUGUGCUGCGAAGUGCUCAAAUGCUGCGUCUCCAAGCUGGGCUCGCUCCGAGCUGAGGCAUCGGCGCUGCUCUACCUGCUGAUGAGGAACAACUAUGAGUACACCAAGAGGAAGACAUUCCUGCGUACACACCUACAGAUCAUCAUUGCAGUGAGCCAGCUGAUCUCCGACGUGGCGCUGACUGGCAGCUCAUGUUUCCAGGAGUCUCUGUCCAUCAUCAAUAACUUUGCCAAUAGUGACAAGGCCAUGAAGUCCACAACAUUCCCCUCAGAGGUGAAAGGUUUGACCAAGCGGAUCCGUACGGUGCUGAUGGCCACGGCCCAGAUGAGAGAGCACGAGAAAGACCCAGAGAUGCUGCUGGACCUCCAGUACAGUCUGGCCCGGUCUUAUGCCAGUACCCCCGAACUGAGGCGGACCUGGCUGGACAGCAUGGCCCGGGCGCACCUCAAGAACGGUGACAUGUCUGAGGCAGCCAUGUGUUACAUUCAUGUGGCUGCACUAGUUGCAGAGUAUUUACACAGGAAAAAGCUGUUUCCCAGCGGGCUUGCAGCUUUUAAGAAGAUUACCAUGAAUAUCGAAGAGGAAGCAGCCAUGAAAGAAGACAGUGGAAUGCAAGACGUGUACUACACUGAGGAAGUCUUGGUUGAACACCUCGAGGUCUGCGUGGAGGCCUUGUGGAAAGCCGAACGCUACGAGCUCAUCACGCACAUCGCUAAGCUAAUUAUACCCAUCUACGAAAAGCGUCAUGACUAUGUGAAACUAAGCCAUCUCUACAACACCCUGCACAGAGCCUACAACAAGAUAAUGGAGGUGAUCCAAACGGGGCGCAGGUUGCUCGGCACCUAUUUCAGGGUGGCUUUCUACGGCCAGGGUUUCUUCGAGGACGAGGACGGGAAGGAGUACAUUUACAAGGAGCCCAAACUCACUGGCCUCUCGGAAAUCUCUCAGCGACUGCUUGCGCUCUACGGGGAAAAGUUUGGGGUCGAAAAUGUCAAGAUAAUUCAAGAUUCCAAUAAGGUCAACUCCAAAGACUUGGACGCCAAGUUGGCCUACAUCCAGGUGACGUUUGUCAAACCGUACUUCGAGGAGAAGGAGGCGCCGGAGAAGAAGACUGAUUUUGAGAAAUGCCACAACAUCAACCGUUUUGUGUUUGAGACGCCGUACACGCUGUCGGGCAAAAAACACGGUGGGGUGGAGGAGCAGUGCAAGAGGAGGACUGUGCUCACAACUGCCAACACCUUCCCUUAUGUGAAGAAGCGUGUGGAGGUAGUGGGCGAGAAGCAGCUGGAGCUGAAGCCGGUGGAUGUGGCUAUCGACGAGAUGAAGGCGCGCACGUCCGAGUUGACCAAGCUCUGUUCCAGCCAGGAGGUGGACAUGAUCCAGCUGCAACUUAAACUGCAGGGCUGCGUUUCUGUGCAGGUGAACGCAGGCCCCAUGGCUUAUGCCAGAGCAUUUUUGGGUGACAAUAAAUCUAACCAGUCUGCCAACAAGAAAGUGAAGGAUCUGAAGGACAUUUUCAGAUGCUUUGUCCAGGCUUGCAGCAUGGCUCUGGAUGUAAAUGAACGACUGAUCAAAGAAGAUCAGUUUGAGUACCACGAGGGCCUGAAGGCCAACUUCAAGGAAAUGGUGAAGGAGCUUUCUGACAUCAUCCAUGAGCAGAUCUACCAGGAGGACCUGAUGCGCUCGCUGCUUCAGAACUCCCUCCACGUGUUUAGCGCCAUCAGUGGUACGUCAACUGACCUGACCUGAGGUCUGCUUUGUCACCGAGAGCCUCCUCCCCCCGCCACGUUACGGGCUAAUGGAUGGUUUACAGCUUCAACUCUUCCACGCUACGUUUGCCAAAAUCAGCCACAUCUGUACUGAACAGACGUUUACAGCUGGUGGACGAGACGUUGCAGCGCCAGAUUUGGAUGUUGCAUUUUUGAAGAAUGUAAUCAACUGCUAAGUAUCAGCAAGUCAGGUGUAGACUGUACGCUAGCAUAUGCACUUUUUAUUCUGCCGUGGUGUCGUUUUAGGAAUAAUCCAGUCAGCUGGUGAUCCUUCAGAGGGAGAUGAUUAAAGCAAAAAUUUUCCAUUUCACUGCACCGUUGGAAACUUAUGCAGGUGACCACAAAGAAAUAAUUCUGUAGCAUCUUUUCACUUUACGCCAACGUUUCCUUUGGCCUGUCCUUUUGUAGCCAGUCGCCUAUUUCUGUUGAUUCAAAUGCGAAAACAAAACCGUCUGCUAUAUGUUAGCAUCCUGUUCAUUUACGCAUAAUCCGUCUGUUGAUUUUAGUGUAGAACCUCAGGAUCUUUGAUAGCUGCUCCUUUGAGUGGUUUUUAUUUAAAACGAGUUUCUUCUUACUUUUUAAAACUUAAUAGGAAAGGACAGAACUGUGCACAAGUUUUAAAAUCUCGAAUUUUGAUAAAUAUGCAUUUGAGCUGGGCUAAGAAAUUCUAUCUUUCAGUCAUGUAUGAUAAGAUUGUUUUUAAGCUGUGAAUAGAUGAAUAAAUGAGUCCAUCGCCUCCAGUUUAACUUGGAACAAAAACAGUUACUGCUAGCAUUUUGUACGCCUCCAAGUUAACCGAAUAAAAUCUAAUCAACGUUGAUAAAUCUUAAAAGUAAUGUCAUUUAGCCUCAUACAGCUUCCCAUACAGCUGGCACCUGCUAAACACUGUAUCCUACUGCAUAGUUAAUGUAUGCUACAUAGAUGAUGGAAGAUUAGGAGCAGGUGCAGUUGACACAGAGAGAGAUGGGAAGGUACUAAUUCUAAGUAGUAAAUCGCUACUUCCUGUUUGUUUCACACACAACCCUACAGAAAAGAUUUUGUAUGAAUUUAGCCAUGAAAGAAAAGAAAAGUGAAGGAGGUGGUUGGGUGUGGAAUGGCGGGAAUGGGGCGAGCGAGAGACUGUUUUAGCACAGAAAUUAAUUUUUUUUUAUUUUCUUUGUUUGACAGCGGUUACAUUCUAAAACUCAAAUCACAGUCACAAAUCCACAUAACCCCGCAGAAAGGACUUUGUAUAAUUUCUCUCGCUAACUCUCAAAUCUGAGCCGCAGUGGCUCAUUCUCUACAACACGUCCAGACAUGUCCAACAGAUAGCAGGUAGUCGUGUUUGAUUGUUGUAGUAACUCCGAAUCAACCAGUGGCAACUCCUGUUUAACUCCGUUUAUCCUGACUGUAUGCCCUUUUAAAGUGGCAAGUUAUAAGACAUUAGAGUUAAUUUAUUUAAAGCUUACAUGUGUAGGAUUUAGGGGCGUUUAUUAGCAGAAAUGGGAUAUAGCAUGUCUGCUAGUGUAUAGUCACCUGCGUCGGUCAAUCAAAUCUACAUGGGAGCGGGUCCACUGAUGGAGGCCGCCAUGUUGAUACAGCAGCCCAAAUGGGACACUCUUUCUCUAACUUUUUCAUUUUACAGCAUGCAUCUACUGGUAGCUUGCGGAGGCUAACGAGUUGGAGAACCCUCAUUUUUUACAAAAUGGCGUAUCGUACAUAUUAUCAUGAGAGAAGGCAAGGGAGCAAAAUUGUGACCGGUGACGGCACAGUGCAAUCUACAAUCCCACCACUAGAUGUCAAUACACACUACACACUGUAGCUUUAACUUGUAGGCUUAAAACAAUGAGUUGUUAAUCAUUUGCCCUCUAUAUUUUACAGCAUACAUGCCUUGGGUUUUCCAAAACCUCUACUUUUUAAUGUGGUAACACAUUUGUCAUAUGUAUUCAUAAAUAUUGGCUAUUUACCAAAUUUUAUAUAUAUAUAUAUAUAUAUAUAUAUAUAUAUAUAUAUAUAUAUUCUAGGCAUGCCUAAAACUUUUGCACAUUUCUGUCCUUUACGAUAUUUAAGGAAAUGCCACCAACAUGAAAAGACAAAAGUUUUCAUCUGUCUUUGUUCUGGGCUGGUUUUAUGGCCUGCAAACAUUCAAAGCCAUUUAAAGAAGUCAUCUUCUUGAGUGGAAGUGAAGACUUUCUCUCCUCUGGGUUAAGAUCCAGUGCCUUUUGUUCUCUGCCUUCUGAAAAGACUGGCCGAUUUCUCGAAAUAAACUUCCAUCGCGUGCUGGUGAUUGACGGUAUUUCACAAGUGCUACACUGAAAUUCGCAGAUAAAUAUUUAAGCAGAUGUACAUAAUUUGUCACACUGUAAAUUGAAUUAUGGACUAUGUAUGUUUGUACGUACUGUAUGUAUGUAUUUAUAUUUGUAACGUUUUGUUCAGAUUUGUGUGAGCAGAGAUUUUUCUUUUCGUUUUAUUGCUUUGUAUACCGAAGUGCAGCUGCUUCUCAAAUAUACCCCCCCAAUAAAUACAGUUCAGAUGUA